AUGGUUCUUCACAACCCCAAUAACUGGCACUGGGUGAACAAGGAUGCCUCGGGCUGGGCCAAGGAUUACCUGAAGCAGAACCUGUGCUGCAUCACAGCCGAGGAGGGAGGCGUGACGGCCAAAGUAGAGCGUGUGGUGUCGAUGGAUGGCGACGUAGAUGUCAGCCAGCGCAAGGGCAAGGUCAUCACCCUGUUCGACGUCAAGUUGCAACUAGAAUAUUCAGGCAAGACCACCGAUGCCGAAGAGGUGACCGGCUCCAUUAGCAUCCCCGAGGUAGCCCACGACACCGAGGAAGAUGAGUUUGUCUUCGAGAUCGAGAACCACGCCGACGCCUCCUCCAAGCAGCCAGUCAAGGACCUGGUGCGCUCUAAAAUUGUGCCCCAGCUGCGCCAGGCGCUGGCCAAACUCGGCCCAGCCCUGAUUACCGAGCACGGCAAGGACCUGCAACACGCUCCUGGCGUCAACCCAUCCAGCGGGUUCGCCGCCGCAAGGGUCCACCCGCAGUCGACCAAGGAGUCCGCCGGCAGCACCGGCCAGACAACCACCUCGACCACCGGCAAAGCCACCGUCAACACCACGACCGUGACGGCAUCCGACGAGUUCCGCACCACCGCCGAGGAGCUGUACAACACUUUCACGGACCCGCAGCGCAUUGCUGCGUUCACGCGGAGCCCGCCGCGCCAGUUCGAGGGCGCCAAGGCCGGCGGCAAGUUCGCGAUUUUUGACGGAAACGUCACCGGCGAGUUCGUGAAGCUGGAGCCCCCAAGCAUCUGUACCUUGGAGAUUCACUUUGACCAGAACGAUGUCGAUGGCGUUACCCAGAUGCGCGUCACUUGGUCUGGAGUCCCCGUUGGCCAGGAGGAUGUCACGAAGCAGAACUGGGACAUGUACUAUGUCCGCAGCAUGAAGCAGACUUUUGGGUACGUCUUCCUUCCUUCCUUCCCUGCCCAUGUUCCAUCCGGCUCUUUGCCAAUACGAGCCUUUUUCUUCCAGAUCCACUGCAUCAUCCAGUUUCUCGUCUUGGUCCUCGUUGCUAACGUUUAUCGUUCUCUUCCUUGGCAUAGGUUUGGCACUAUUCUCUGA